AUUUAUUGAUAGCGUCCCCUCUUACAGUAUUAACCAACCACUGUCUCCUGUAUAAUACUCAUUCAUAGUACCUCAUCGUAUUGUAUCAGUUGAUAUUAACACACGGAUUCUAUCUCACAUCACAAUAAAUCUAAUGGCCGUGGGACCAAUCAAGAUAUUGGACAUUACUGGUUUAAUUAAUCCCAACUAUGGUAACGGAUCCUACCUGCGAAGCAAGCAAAAAUAGAUUUAAUUUCAUCGAUGGAGAAUCUGGAGUUUUCGUGUACAUCUGUUAUUUUGUUUUAUGAGAUGAGAUGAAACUUCAUUUGAUGAAUUAAGAUCUGUGGAUUUUUCUCAUUUUCAACUCAUCUCAACUCUCUGCAAAUCAAAGAAGAAGACGUGAAGGACAAAACUCGACCAGAAAACGUCCACAUGUCCAGAAGCUUCUUACAUUUCUUGCUUGUCGGACAUGGCGGCCAGCAGCGAUCUCACCACCAUGGUCAUAUCCUCGGAGGAGAUGACAUCUCUAGUUCCAGAGACGUCCUCCGCUGGACCGAAGCCUCCCCCCAUGUCAUCCUUGGCUUAUACGAUAAUUGGGAUAGUAAUGAUGUGUUAUUGUUGUUUGGGAUUCACUUUCAACAGUUGCUCCAUUCUGGUUUUUGCCAAGAACAAGAAUCUCAGAUCCCCGACCAAUAUGUUUAUACUGGCGUUAAAUAUUUGUGAUUUCCUCAUGGCAUCUGCAGCAGCUCCGUUCUCGGCGUUCUCAAGUUUGUCCCACGGAUGGAUGUUUGGAGAAAUCGGUUGUUUAUACGAGGGUUUCAUGGUUUAUUUUCUCGGACAAACAUCCAUGUACCUACUGGCAGCCAUAUCAUUCGAUAGAUAUUUUGUUAUAGCCAAGCCAUUACAAGCUUCUAAAAUAACACAUCGUAUUGCUGGAAUAAGUGUUGGUAUCUGCUGGUUUCUGGGAUUCUUGUGGUCGGCGUUACCUGCCGUGGGUUGGAAUCGCUACGCGUUGGAAGGAGCCGAGAUAUCUUGCAGUGUUGUAUGGCAGAGUGACAACCCCUCAGACAUGAGCUAUAUAUUUGUAAUAUUUUUCGCCUGUCUGGUUGUUCCUCUAGGUGUCAUGUUUUUCUCCUAUUUCAACGUGUAUAUGACGAUUAAAUCCAUCAAUAAGAAUCAAGUAUGGGACAUGAAAAGUCGAGUAGCUCGUAGAAAUCUUAGAAUCGAGAAGAAAAUGUUUAAAACAAUUCUAGUCAUGUGCGCUGCCUUUGUCGGAGCAUGGACGCCAUACACCGCAGUGUCCUUCUACGCAGCAUUUGGUGGGGCACAUGCUAUUUCACCUCUUGUGGGAACUCUGCCAGCUCUGUUGGCUAAAUGUGCGGGUUUGCUCAACCCUAUAAUAUACGUGGCGACCAAUAAACAAUUCCGUACCGCAUUUUAUCAGCUGGUGCCUUGUGACGGAGUCAAGAAAACGCUACAAAAGAAGGAAGACGAACCGGACUCGGACGACUCGGGCGACGAAAACGAAACGAAAACGAAGAAGGACAGUAAAGAUAAUAAAGAUAACAAAGCGACUACGAGCAAAAAGGGUGGCGGUGGUAACGCCGUGGGUCCAGCCCCGGAGGUUAUUGACGAGAAAGAAGCCGAGACUCAGAUAGAGGAAAUUAUUCACACUCCGAACCAUACCGCCAAUACUAACGUUAUAAAAGUUGAACGGGUAGAAAUGACCGAACUAACUAAAGUUGAUUGAAAAACUGUGUGUUCGGAGAACAUCGUUUACUUGUGUCCAAAAUUAGGCAUUCCAGAAAGAGUUCGUGUAUUCAUGCGUGAUGCUUGAUACAGAUGGAUGGGACAGGUUAAGAGCGUAUCGUCGCUGGAGAUUACGUUGUCAUGGUUAUCAAGAACAUGGUGUUAUCACUGACUAUUGUCUUUCACAUAUCGAAAUAUACAUAUAUAUAAAUAUUAUAUAAAGGUGGCGCCCUCAAUUCAUCAUUUCACUAUACGCCUGAUUUGUUUGUAUAUAAAAUGAUAAAUGUUGUACCACUGUUGGCAUAGCAAC